GCAGGCCGGUCCUAGUCGUCCUCGUUAGCCCGUCGGGCCCCUGCUCAAUGCGGUAGCUGUACAAGUGUGCGUUUGGGCCGUUGUCCAUGAUGGCCAAAGGCGGGAACAACCCGUUGGAGGCGGGGCUAGUCAUGAUCACCACGUUGCUUGGCUCCUGGGCCCUGUCGCUGCUGCUGCCCCCGCGGUCGUCGUCAUUACCUCUGCCGCUGCUGCUUAUUGCUGAAUUACUGCCAAAAUUUUGCUUAUCAUGCGGACGGAGAAGGCUCAAGAAUCCUUGGGAUGGUUGGUCUGGAAUGAUUGUGGCUGCGAAAAGAGCAAACUUUCAUGGGGGAAGGAGGAUUGUACUGUGGUAUUUGACCACCCGGCUGACUACAGAUGUUAGAUGUUGGUGCCUGCCUGUGGCACUCACUGGCUGACACUAUGGCGCAACCCCAAUCGGGCUUGACUGACACUGUGUGGCUUGCUUGUGUUUGAUCGAUGUCA